AUGGCUAAUCCGAUGGCAGCCGUAAUGAGCGAAACGAAGAGUUGUACUCUUUGUGCUAAAUAUAGCGGAUUUUCCCUCACCAUGGGUGGGGUGGCCACUACCCUACCGUUGUUCUGCCAAGCACGGCGUGAUCGGAAUCAUCGACGUAAAAAAGGAACGCUCGAGAGACGCAUUAAUGGGCAUUUUCUUCUCUUACCGCGCCAUACAGGGGUCAGCUGUGAUUCGUGCUUGAAAAGUAACUUUCGCGGAAGACGGUACAAGUGUCUGAUUUGCUAUGAUUACGAUCUGUGUGCGACCUGCUACGAAGAGGGAGCGACCACCACGCGACACUCCACCGACCACCCGAUGCAGUGCAUAUUAACGCAAUCGGACUUCGAGCUGUACUAUGGAGGCGAGGUGCUACCGGCGGACCAGCCGCAGUCCUUCACCUGUCCGUUCUGCAAGCGAAUGGGGCUGAGCGAUUCGGCCCUGCUGGAACACGUCAGCGCGGAACACACGGACGCCGGGCUCGAGGUCGUGUGUCCCGUCUGUGCGGCUCUACCCGGUGGCGAACCCAACUUCGUAACGGACGACUUCGCCCGGCACCUCAGUCUGGAGCACCGGAGUGGUUCCCGUGACCUCAUCUCGUUUCUGGACGAGCCAUCGGCGAUUCGUCAUGGAGGAGUCCGGAGGAUGCCACACUCGGGCCGUGCCCUCGGUGGCCCACGAUCGAGACGAUCCAACAUGCACUUCAGCUCAUCGGGCGGUGGCCUGUCGACACUGUCACCAUCGGGCCGGGAAUCGGUCGACCCCAUCGCGGAACUGUUGCAGCAGUUGUCCAACGUUCGCCGAAGUGGAGCACCCCAGCCGUCGCAGCUGCAGCAACUGCAGAUGCAGAUUCAGCUCGAGCGGCAGCAAGUCACUGCCGCCCGUCAACAACUGGAGCGACUACCACGACGACAGCAGCAACCGGCCGUUGUGUCCUCUGCCCCGAAUGCAACCGGUGUCAACAAUAACGCGGUUGGAGCGGCGACAGCAGCAAAUCCGAACCACACAAUCAUCACACUGAAUGCCGGUGGUCGCGAUGGACCGAUCGCAACCUCCUCCUCGUUGCCAAUGGUGUCUACCGGUGUUGGGGUGUGCAAUGUGCCGGGUUCCGUCGGAAGUGCCUCCGGGUCUGGUUCAAACUCGCAGCAGUCGCAGUUUCUGAUGGCUCGCUUCAUGGUGCCCACCAUGGAUGACGCUGAGCAGGCACAGCUCGGGCGGGAUAGAGCUGACAGAUCACAGUUUGUUCAAGCUUUAAUGUUAUCAACCAUUGCGAACGUUCAGCCGUUUAACAAAAACGCCGACGAAGAGCUGUCCGAUGAGUUGAGUUCAUUGAAUUUAGGCGUCGGGAAUAACUGCAGUACCGUUAACAGUAGUGUAAAGAGGCCGGCUGCCGACGAGGGGGAGACAGGCGAGCAGCAGGACGCAGGCGGUGUUGGUGCUACAAACAGUAACUACGGGAAAGAGGAUGGAAAUUGUGAUAGUUUUAAGCUAGGUGCCGACUCUGCUAAUGGAACCAACGAGGAUUCGCCUAAUAUGAUGGCGCAGCAGGUCCCGUUGGGACAGCGCGGGCAAUUGCAUGGUGCAUCCGGCAAAGGGCGGGGUGGAAGCUCUGCGAAACCCGGCAUGGGUGGUACCGCUGGAGGCGGUGGUGGUGGUGGCCCAAUGGAUCGCAGAACGUCCCGCCAAACUCCCCCAUCCGGUGGCGGUGGCAAUACGGCCAAAGCCCGUGAACUGAAGCAAGCGAACUCGUCGAACACUUCCACGUCGGUGUCCUCGAGACAGCAACACCACGUGCCCGACUCCAGGUAGUGUUUGGUCGGUGAAAUGGUAUAAGUUAUUUAGCAAACUUUAGCAGCAGCAGCAGAAGCAGCAUGAACAGAAACAGUAGUAGCAGUAGCCACACAAACCACAUUAUCUAUUUGUCUCUAAAUCCAUGGAAUGUGAGGAAAGGGAUGAUAGGAAAUCGGAUGCUCCCGCACGGCUGCAAGCAGGAAUAUAAAUUAUGAAGCAUAGUUAGGAGAGGCAACAAAGGUUCGUAGGAGCACGGAAGGCCUUGUCUCACCUACAGGUUUGUGAAAAAAGCAAAGCAAAACAAAACGGUUGCAAACGCGAAACGUAAAAUUAUUAUGUGUGAUCAUCAAACAAACAAAGCAGAUAGAAAGAUUUAAAAUUCGAAGCAAGCAAAUUAGCAAGCACCGCGUUACGUUAAGUGGAAAGAAAAGUAUACAACUCUUCCUUUGGAACCCGGAUUCAUACAUAGGGAAAUGAUGCCACAAAAUGAACACAUUAACUAAAUAUAGCUAUCUUGUAAUAAGGAAUGGAAUCACAUGCAUAACACAACCCCCCUUGAGAGAACGAGUGAGGAAAGAAUCGCACCACGCCGGAGGGUUUGGUCGCAAUUCUAUGCCGCAACGCAAAGUGUUUGAGUGCGUGCAUUUGUUGGGAUGGUGUGAGAUGGAAUGGACAGCCGGUAUUGACAUUCGUGGUCCUCUGUACAACUAACAUCUGCAUCUCAUUUUCAUCUUCUCAGUACUGGAAGGCCACCAUAACAGGAAAAGCUACUAGAAAAUUCUUCCAGGUUGUUGAUUCGCCGCUAUGCUAAUCGAUGGCGGUUGCAUGUUUUGUCGGUGAAAGUCUGCAAUGAUAUUUUUCCUGUUUUUACCGACAUCAAAUCUUAUUUUAUGUGCUAUUCAAACUAUGUAUCGGUUGAUAUUUUUAAUUGUAUAUUUAUCAUUUCACAACAACUCGAAACCAUUAAGAAUUGUGAUGGACAUAUUCAUUAUACCUUUCGCUUGAUUUAAUGUGUUAGCAUAUUGGCUGCCGAAAAAGUUUGAUUGGACACAUGAUUGUACCGCAACCAGCAAUGUCACAAAUAUAUCCAUCGCACAUAAGAAUUUUGCGGAAUUCAACUGAAAAAUGUCUAUUACAGUUGUAGAGCUUUUCAAUUGAUCCAUGUUAGUAUACAAAUUUGGAGUUAUGAAGAGUACGGUUUUCGGUAACUCGUGAUGAUGCGUAGUUACGGAAGGAAUAUUACCAAGACCGAUAAAUCAUUAAUCACUGCGCAAAAUGUACGACCCAACAGAGCACCAUGCCAAGCUGAGAUAUACUAUAAGCUUAGCGCUAGUAAAUAAUCAUACAGAUGACGGAGAACUAAGAAAAUGAUGAAUUGGACAUAGGUGAAAAGUGAUGGCAGUUAAGUAUAUGGUGUAAGCGCAUAAAGAGAAGUCAUAGUGUCGCCAUUGCAAAUUCAUAGUCGUGUUUGUUGGAUAUGUCCUAAAAUUCAGUUAGAGUUGCUCUACUUUCUAGUAUCCGUGCACUUACGAAAGCAAGCCGUAAUAAUGCAUGAAAGGAGAUCAGAAAACGAAAGAAAAUAAGAAAGAAUGGACAGAGCGUGAGGAGUGUACAUCUAUGCUAGGUAUAACACUGCGUUUCGUACGUUACUACUUAGGUUAUUUUGCCUUUCUGUUUAGUUCAUUCAUAAGCCCUCUGUACGCUUCAUUUGGAUGUAGAACUUCAGUUUGUUCAGCCUGCAUAGCUGGGAACGUAAAAAACGUGUAUAUUUAUAUUUUUUUUCUUCGUUUUUUCUAGUUGGUUUAUUUUACCUUUUUGAGUUCUACUCAUCAUGCCUAAAGUCAGAACAGAUGCUCUUGUUAAUGGUUUCGGUUGAAAAGUUUUACUGAUUCGAUGAAUCAUUGCUCUCCUUUUAGUUUAUCACUUGGCAAUAAUUUUCCAGCUGAAUUCAAGCAUGAUUCUGAAAAAAAGUAUAUUUAUCUAGCGCUUGUAUAGAAAUUUAAAUUUUAAAAACAAUCGAUAAUUAUAAAAAAAACAAGUAAUAUUUCAAUGUUGAAAAUAA